AUGCCAUACAGCUCGCUCGGCUCGCCAUCUUUGCAGAAAAUGGAGGCCGGUCGCCGUGAUGUCUACGGCGGGCGCAAACCGAGAUUCAGCUGCGGUCAGAUCAUUGGCGACCCUUUCGCCCUUGCGACUUCUUCGAUAGCAAUUAUCGCCUGGCUCAUUGCCUUUGUAGCUUCAGUCAUCUCCAAGAUCCAUGGUCAAUAUCCCAACUACUCGUGGUGGGCUCUUGUCUACAUGUUCUUCUGCAUCAUUGGAGUGCUAGUGACGGUCGCUUCCGACUCUGUCUUCACAUAUCACGUUGCUAUCGUCGGAUUUCUGGCUGCAGGCCUCGUCUUCACUACGUCCUCGGUUAACUCCUUGGUCUACUCUUCUGAUGGCGCUCACGAAGCAGCUGCUGCCGGCUUCAUCCUUCUGUCAAUGGUCGCCAUUGUCUGGAUCUUCUACUAUGGUUCCCAGCCCACCGCAUCCAGCCGCAACGUUAUCGAUUCAUUCGCACUCCACAGAGACAGUCGCGUGCCAUCGCGCAUCUCCCGCCAGCCUCAGCACAACAGCUACCGCCCCGAGACUUCAGUCUCGCAACAGCCACAAAUGUACACCUCUGCCCAGCUCAGCGGAUUCGAGACAUCAUCCCCCGUUACUGGUUUCCCUGGAGGAGCAUUGGGAGCAAUGGACAGCAACCGUGAUAGCGGUGCUCGUUACGGACAAACAAACAACCUUGCGCCUCAUUCUGCAGCAACGGACCGACCCAACUCUACCGCUGCAGCUCCCGCAGAAUACCCCUACCGCGCAAAGGCUAUUUACAGCUACGAGGCCAACCCCGACGAUGCCAACGAAAUCAGCUUCUCCAAGCACGAAGUUCUGGAGAUCAGCGACGUCAGCGGAAGAUGGUGGCAGGCCAAAAAAGAGAACGGCGACACUGGUAUUGCACCCAGCAACUACCUUAUCCUGCUGUAG